GCCAAAGAGAAGUUGUGUAUAUACUGUGGCACUUGCCGUUAGAGAAAAAAAGCCAUCAUGAAAGAGAGAUAGGGCGUGCUUUGUUGUGAUAAAACACAAGCAACGGCUGCUACGCAAAACAAAAAAGCAGUGAACAACAUUUCUCCAUCUUUCUUUCUGAUGCUGCUUUGAGAGUGAAGCGAGCAGUCAUGGACGAGAGUUUUGACCGAGCUCCCGGAGCGGGAAGAACCCGAAAUGUCCUCGCGGACCCCAAUAACACCGCUGGUGGUGACACCAAAGGCACGCUGUUCAACCAAAGGGAGCCGCUGAGGCAGCCGCGAACUUCCCCGCCUUUUGGCGAGAGCAACAUUAGCACGGCUGGCGUCAUGGCUGGUGGAAGUUUUAAAAGACAGAGCAAACCCCAACAAAGUGCAAACGCCAACAUUACGUCUGCCUCCAGAGGUUUUAACGAAGUGGACUCUGUGGUCAAGUCAUCUAAGCUUUCUGCCAGUGCCCCAGAGUUUGUCCCCUCUUCAGUCAACCCGUACGAAGACCCCUCGUUUUAUGACGACGACGAAAGCUAUUACGGUGAACCGACCUUGGCUGAAACGGUCGCGGACUUCCUUGGCCACCUGAGCUCCUCACCGGGGUCCUUUGAGUUGGAUGUGGAACAGAUAACUGGCAUGCUCAACUCCUGGGUUACCACUGAAGAACUGCUGAAGGAGCUGGUGGAACUGAUCUACACACAGUCUACUGCCAUUCCUAACUUUGCUUACACUGGCGCCAGGCUGUGUAACUACCUGUCCCAUCAUCUCCAUGUCAGCCCGCCAAGUGGCAACUUCCGCCAGCUGCUCCUGAAAAGAUGUCAAACAGAAUUUCAACAGAGGGAUGCAGCGGUUGGAGGAGACCCGGAGACUCAGAAGAAAUUCCACUCCUAUGUGCUCUUUCUGGGAGAGCUCUACCUAAACCUGGAGGUAAAGAGCGUAAAAGGACCUCCAAACCGAGCAGAUAUCCUCCUCAUUGCUCUGAAAGACCUGAUGCACAGUCUGUUCUCCAAGCCUGUGGAUGCAAAUCUCAUCUGCGCCGUCAAGCUGCUCAAGCUGACGGGCUCCAUCUUGGAUGACGCGUGGAAAGACGGGGGAAAACCACACAUGGAGGAACUGAUCCAAAGAAUAGAAACUAUUCUACUGGAUGCCACCUGCAGCCGGGAUGUGAGACAGAUGCUUCUGAAACUGGUGGAGUUGAGAUCGAGCGACUGGGGCAGAGUCCGUGCCGCUGCAGCGGCCAGCAACGCCACGCCAGACAACGACCCCAACUACUUCAUGAAUGAACCGACAUUCUACACAGAAGAUGGGACUCCUUUUACAGCAGCAGACCCCGAUUAUGCUGAGAAGUACCAAGAGAUCCUGGACCGGCAGGACUACUUCAACGAUCUCGAUGGCGAAAAUGGAGAUGAAAGUGAAUUAUACGACUCCGAAGACGAGAUGGAGCCCGAGAUGGAAGAAGCCUUUGAGAGUUUUUGUUUAGAAACGGAGAGGAAACGGCAACAAUGACGCCAAGAGUGAGAAUCUGUCACACCCGACGGGUGCAUUCUGUACUUUUCCCACUCAACUUGCUGGAAUGUUGAAAAAGCAAAGGAAGCUAGCAUCCGAUAGGUUCAAACUGUCAUUUUAACAAGCAUUUUUAACGGAAAAGAGAUGUUUUUUUCUCAGUCAGCGUGGAUUAGGGAAUGGGGACAAUCAGCAGGUUGAAUUGUUCAAAAUAUUCAAGGUAUUAAUGAAUUUAUUUUUUCUGACAUGAAAGUUCUGUUUGUUUUUAAUUAUUUCAGAAACAUAUUUCUUUAACGCCUAAACUAAAUGCCAAGAGGGAAAUAGUGUGCUGUGUUUUUUAUUGUGGGAUCUUUUCUGAAAGGCAGAUUCAUCAAACGUGUGCAUAAUUUGUGAAAUACUAAAGAAUGCCCCUCACGUAAAGUACAGGUCAAAAAACUCAAGUCAUUGUCAGGGACGCUUCAUCUUCAUGUAAAAUGCACUGUAGAGGGGAGGUUGCUUUAUUACACAUACGAUGCAUAUACAGCCUUCAUCUACACUGAUGAGGUAAUGGUGUCUCGUGUCAGAUUGCCAAUAUUUAUCACUAUAUUCAAGGCUAUUCACAUGGUAAUCUGGCUGCAGUUCAUUUAGGUGGUCAGGAACUCUGCGAAGAGCUGCUCGGUUUGGAAAAU